CGAGCGAUGUCGUUUGAAUUUCGAAUUUAGUUUGGGAAAAAUCGCAAAAGAUUAUCAAUCAUUAUCAAUAAGAAAUGAAAAUUAUGUUCGGUUAUUAGUGAUAAAAAAAUCUCCUAAGUGUAUACUUUCGAUUGAUAGUAGUGAUCAGAAUACGUGCGGCGCGAUUACUUUGUUUACAACAAUCAGUUGUUUUAGUGUUGUCGAAUAUUACCAGUGUUUUAGUUUUAAUUACUAAUUUUUACAGCUGUAAUUGAACGUGUUGUGAUUGUGUAAGGACUCUUAAAAGGUUUUUGAGUGAUAUUUUGGUGGUUAGUGCAUCUACCGACGGAAAAAACAUUUGGAUUAUCCAAGUUUUCUUAAUUUUGGGUUUUUUCCCACAACAUAUUCAUAUGACGGCAUGUAUUUAGGUAGCGUUUUGACAGCAAGCACCAUUUCGUCGCCGUGGACGCCGGUUACCGGCCCGCAGGCCGAUUCCAACGGCCCGGGUUCGGAUACAAAGAAUCUGGAUGUUGGAGAUCUUAGUGACGAUGAAAAAGACAUGGCAGCGGCAGAUGCGGAAGGGGUGUGGAGUCCGGACAUCGAACAAAGUUUUCAAGAAGCCCUCGCAAUCUACCCUCCCUGCGGACGACGAAAAAUCAUAUUAUCAGAUGAAGGAAAAAUGUACGGUCGAAACGAACUAAUAGCCAGAUAUAUAAAAUUAAGGACAGGAAAAACAAGGACGAGAAAACAAGUUAGUUCACACAUACAAGUAUUAGCUAGGCGGAAAUUGCGGGAAAUUCAAGCAAAACUCAAAGUGGAUCACGUGGCCAAAGAGAAAGCUCUACAGACGAUGUCAAACAUGUCGAGUGCACAGAUAGUAUCUGCUACCACUGCUAUGCACAGCAAGUCAGCUGGCCUCAAUAUUGGUUUAACUCAUAACCCUGUAUCCUAUCCUGGAGCGCAAUUCUGGCAACCCGGAUUACAACCUGGUACAUCGCAAGAGUUUGAGAACGGGAGCAGAGUUUCCCGAAAUGUAUCAGGAUUAGAUUUUAUUGUUAAACCAUUUGCUCAGACAGCAUAUUCGGCAGGUAAACCGGCGACAGCAGUAUCCGCAGGAGAAGUUGGAGCCCUUCAACCAGCACCUCCGCCAGUAUGGGAAGGAAGAGCUAUUGCAACACAAAAGUUGAGGCUUAUAGAAUUUUCAGCGUUUAUGGAAUCACAGAAUCGAGAUGAAGCAUAUCAGAAACACCUUUUCGUACACAUAGGAGGACCAGCAUCGUAUUCAGAUCCCAUGUUAGAGGCAGUCGACGUUCGACAGAUUUAUGACAAAUUUCCAGAGAAAAAAGGUGGUUUGAAGGAGCUAUAUGACAAAGGACCUCAAGCCGCUUUUUUCCUCGUUAAAUUUUGGGCAGAUCUAAAUUCUAAUAUACAAGAUGAGACUGGUGCAUUUUACGGGGUUACAAGUUCGUAUGAAAGUAACGAUAAUAUGACGAUAACCUGCUCCACGAAAGUAUGUUCUUUUGGAAAGCAAGUCGUGGAAAAAGUGGAAACAGAAUAUGCUCGAUACGAAAAUGGACGAUUUGUAUAUAGAAUUCAUCGAAGUCCAAUGUGCGAGUAUAUGAUAAAUUUCAUUCACAAAUUAAAACACCUACCUGAAAAAUAUAUGAUGAACAGUGUAUUAGAAAAUUUUACAAUCUUACAGGUUGUAAGUAACAGAGAUACCCAAGAGACCCUUUUAUGUACAGCUUACGUAUUUGAGGUAUCUACUUCAGAACAUGGAGCACAACACCACAUUUACAGGCUUGUGAAAGACUAGCAGGUUACUGGUACAACUGUAACCUAUCACUUCAGUGCCUACACUCUCACAAUACUAGUAUUAUUAUCGGUUACUUACGUUUAAAAACAAACCUAGUUAAAAGAAAGAAAACACAAAACAAUGUAAAAAUUGUAUUCAACUACAUCUUCUUCUUUUUUUUUGUUUUUGCCCCAAGCUAAACUGUAUUCGUUUAUAUGUCUUAUUAUACUUUUUAUGACAAUCUUUUUAAUGUGCAUGCAGCUCAAUCAAUGAAAAUGGGUAACUUAGUAAUAAAAUUUUUACGGAAAUUACCUCUACAAUUCUUUUAAUUUAUUGCGUUCAAUAACUCUCACAUAAACACUGUCUAACGAGUGUUUUCUUAACAACGUUAUCAUCCUCGGAGAUAGAAAAUAAUCGAGUCAGUGUAAUUGUGAGUGUUGGUGUAGCAGUAGUAAACAAUGUCUUCAGUAUGAAUAUAUAGCUUUUUUGCUUUUUGGUGAUUUCGUGUCAUCCAAAAGUUGUAAUUUAUCAAAAAGUUUAUUCCAGGAAGGAUUCACAUUUCCAAAAAAGAUGUUAUCAGUACAUAUAAAAUAGAUAAAAGUAAUGUGAUUCAUUUAUAUAUGUAUUUAUAUUACAAUUAUUUAGUUAUCAUUAAAGAUAAAAAGUUAAAUUUAUUAUUAACUGGAAUUAUUAG